AUGGAACUGUUAGGAACGGUGAGGGAACAUGGCAAGUACGAGAAGAAAUAUUGCGGGCAGCUGGUGCGAGAUGGCGCCGCCAGCGGCUCACAAGUGGCAGCAGCAGAUCGCUUGCCGAUAGUUCCCCACCGUGGAUUUUCCAUGACCGUUCUAUCAAGUGUGAACGCAGACCAUGAAACCCAGCUGGACCCAUCCCCGCCUUAUCCACAACGGAAGCCAGCCACGGCGAAGAGCAUUCACUCCGGGUUCCAUGACCGUGGUUCACAACGCGAGGUUGUGCUUGCAAGGCCCUGCUGCCCUUCAAGCUUCGCGCCUGUGUCGCCUCCAAUUUCCUUCGCAGAGUCUGCAGGGAUCGCAAAUCUGCUACAACAGAACACCGCAUCCACUCUCUUGCCCAUCAUGGCUCUCUCGGCGCCCGCAUUGGCGCAAAAAUCUGGCGCAAUUAGCGGCAAUAUGUUGCGGAAUUCGUUUCUAAGCGAGUCUGUAUCGUUGCAGAGAGUGUCUGGUAGCGUGAGCUUGGUUAGGUUUGCGAGAAAGGAGCUGACGGUUGUGGCGAACGGGAGGAAGGCUGCAGUGGUGACGAAAGAUGAGAAUGAGGUGGAUCAGCGGUUCAGGUUGAACAAUUUGUCGCCGCAGCCUGGGAGCCGGCACAGACAGAAGAGGAAGGGGCGUGGUAUCGCGGCAGGCCAGGGGGCCAGUUGCGGGUUCGGUAUGCGAGGGCAGAAAUCGAGGUCUGGGUCGGGCGUGAGGCCGGGAUUUGAAGGUGGUCAGAUGCCCUUGUACCGUAGGUUGCCGAAGCUGAGAGGAAUCGCCGGUGGCAUGGGAGCGGGUUUGCCCAAGUACGUGGCAGUGAACUUGACCGACAUUGCUGCGAGUUUCCAAGAGGGCGAGGAGGUUUCGCUCGAAGCUUUGAAGGAGAGGCGUGUCUUGAACCCUUCGGGUCGUGACAGCAAGCUACCGUUGAAGGUUCUUGGCGAUGGCGAGCUUGACUUUAGGGUGAAGAUCAAGGCUGGUGCCAUCUCUGCUGCCGCGAAGGAGAAAUUGGAGAAACUAGGAUGCGAGUGCGAAAUUCUGCCCAAGAAGAAGAAAUGGGUCUCUGCUCAAUACUCGAAGAACCAAGCACGUGCAGACGCCUACUUCGCCAAGAAGAGGGGCGACAGCGCUUAGAUUCAGGUCAAGGUUGAGGUUCUUUCCGCUUUCAGUAGCUUCAAAUUCUCAAUAUUCCAACAGGAUUUUUCAGGCAAUGUAGGACAUGCUUCAGUUAGGAUUAGGUCUUAUCGCCCACAACACAUUUUGUGGCGCAAAAACAUUCACCUCAAUGCCGAAAUUGAUAUCACCACUUCCAAAAAAGUCUGAUAAUUAUUGAGAAUUGAGUUGUUGUGGUUUGCUUUUUUUUUGUCAUGAAGGUGCCGCAGCUUGUUCUGAUGUGCUACAGAGGUUGUGGAACAGGUAACCAUCCUCGAAUUUAACGUUAAACAUAAUCUUAUACAGUUUGUCCGGACAUUCACUAUUUU